AGAAAAAGAAAAAGAUUUUUGAAAAAAGGAAAAUAAAAAAAAAACAAUGCCGGAAGUCUUCCAUUUUCACGGUUGGCGUCCCCCUCGGUGACGAAGUAGUAGAACACCCAGAAAACACAGCGAAAGAAGGUUCUCUCUCUCUCUGCGUUCGUUCACAGCUCAAACGAAUGGCGGACUCGUCUGGAACAACGCUCAUGGAUCUGAUUACGGCGGACCCUACGCCUACGCAGACAUCGUCUUCGGCGUCGUCUGCAGUGGCAUCUCCGGCAUCGGCGUCACCGGCAUCAGGUCUUCCCACGGCGCUGGGUAAGCCCGGUGGGGAGAAGAAAUCGAAGCGAGCCGCAUUGAUGCAGAUCCAGAACGAUACCUUUUCUGCUGCCAAAAAUGCUUUGAAUCCAGUUAGGGCCAAUCUUAUGCCGCAAAAGCAAAAGAAAAAGCCAGUUUCAUAUUCACAACUUGCGAGAAGUAUCCAUGAACUAGCUGCCACUUCUGAUCAGAGAAGUUCUCAGCGGCAAUUAGUGCAACAUGUAUUUCCAAAACUUGCCGUAUAUAAUUCUGUGGAUCCUUCGCUCGCCCCCUCUCUUCUCAUGCUUAAUCAGCAGUGUGAAGAUAGAACUGUGCUACGAUAUGUCUAUUACUACCUGGCUAGAAUCUUGUCUGACAAUGGCUCCCAAGGUUUGACCGCAGGCGGUGGGAUACCCACUCCUAACUGGGAUGCAUUGGCUGACAUUGAUGCAGUUGGAGGUGUUACUCGAGCUGAUGUUGUGCCACGGAUAGUAGAACAGCUUAUUGCCGAAGCCACAAAUGCUGAAUCUGAAUUUCAUGCUCGAAGACUCCAAUCCUUGAAGGCACUUACAUAUGCUCCUUCAUCCAACUCUGAAGUAUUGUCCAGAUUGUAUGAAAUUGUUUUUGGUGUACUAGAGAAGGUUGGCACUCCACCAAAGCGAAAGAAAGGCAUACUUGGGGUUGGGGCUAAAGGUGGUGAUAAAGAGUCUAUCAUCCGAACCAAUCUGCAAUUUGCUGCCUUGAGUGCUCUAAGAAGACUCCCUAUCGAUCCUGGGAAUCCAGCAUUUCUCCAUUAUGCUAUACUAGGGAUUUCAUCUUCUGAUCCGGUUGCUGUGAGGCAUGGGCUGGGAAUUGUUUCUGAGUUGGCUACAAGGGACCCUUAUGCUGUAGCAAUGGCAUUAGGAAAGCAUGCACAGCCUGGAGGGGCUUUACUAGAUGUUCUCCACUUGCAUGAUGUUCUUGCUAGAGUUUCUCUAGCUAGGUUAUGCUGCACAAUAUCAAGAGCUAGAUCUUUAGAUGAAAGAUCAGACAUUAGAUCUCAGUUCAAUUCAGUGCUCUAUCAACUUCUGUUGGAUCCCAGUGAAAAAGUCUGCUUUGAGGCAAUUAUUUGCGUACUUGGAAAAUAUGAUAACUCUGAGAGGACUGAGGAGCGUGCUUCUGGGUGGUACCGUUUGACCAGGGAGAUUCUUAAGUUACCGGAUGCAUCUUCCAAGGAAAGUUCUAAAGAUAAAUCUAAGAAUAAACGUCCGCAACCUCUUAUAAAACUUGUAAUGAGAAGGUUAGAAAGUUCUUUCCGUAGCUUUUCUAGACCUGUGCUUCAUGCAGCAUCUAGAGUUGUCCAGGAGAUGGGGAAAAGUCGAGCUGCUGCUUUUGCUUUGGGCAUGCAGGAUAUUGAUGAAGGGACACAUAUCAAUACAUUUGCUGAGGCUGCUGAUCUUAAUGAUUCAGAUGAAAGUACACAUCCUGAAAGUGUUCGAAGAACUUCUUCAAUAUCUAACAAUGUAAGUGGUGGCAGAGAUACCAUCGCGGGUUUAUUGGCUUCAUUAAUGGAGGUCGUACGGACAACAGUUGCUUGUGAAUGUGUUUAUGUACGAGCGAUGGUGAUCAAGGCACUAAUCUGGAUGCAAAGCCCAGUUGACUCAUUUGAUGAGCUUGAAUCUAUUAUUGCCUCAGAAUUGUCUGAUCCAGCUUGGCCAGCAGCACUGUUGAAUGAUGUUCUACUCACUCUCCAUGCUCGGUUUAAGGCUUCUCCGGAUAUGGCUGUUACGCUUCUUGAAAUUGCAAGAAUAUUUGCUACUAAAGUACCAGGAAAGGUUGAUGCUGAUGUGCUACAACUACUUUGGAAGACUUGUCUUGUUGGAGCUGUUCCUGAUGGGAAACACAAAGCUUUAGAAGCAGUCACUAUUGUUCUUGAUCUACCACCUCCACAACCUGGAUCUAUGCUUGGUCUUACUUCAGUGGAUAGGGUGUCUGCAUCUGACCCAAAGUCUGCUCUUGCUUUACAAAAAUUAGUCCAAGCAGCUGUAUGGUUCCUUGGAGAAAAUGCAAAUUAUGCUGCUUCUGAAUAUGCUUGGGAAUCUUCUACUCCACCUGGUACUGCACUAAUGAUGUUAGAUGCCGAUAAAAUGGUUGCUGCUGCUAGUUCUCGUAAUCCUACUCUAGCUAGUGCUUUGACUAGGCUACAGAGGUGUGCAUUUAAUGGCAGCUGGGAGAUUCGAAUUAUUGCUGCUCAGGCUCUUACAACAAUGGCAAUCAGAUCUGGUGAGCCUUUCAGGUUACAGAUUUAUGAGUUUCUGCACACUUUGGCACAAGGUGGUCUGCAGUCACAGUUCUCAGACAUACAUCUCAGCAAUGGAGAAGAUCAAGGAGCUAGCGGUACAGGCCUUGGAGUUUUAUUAAGUCCAAUGAUAAAAGUUUUGGAUGAGAUGUACAGAGCGCAAGAUGAUUUGAUCAAGGAAAUACGCAAUCAUGACAACGCUAAGAAAGAAUGGACUGAUGAUGAAUUGAAGAAACUAUAUGAAACCCACGAAAGGCUGCUGGACCUUGUUUCAUUGUUUUGCUAUGUUCCAAGAACAAAGUAUCUUCCUUUGGGUCCAAUAAGUGGCAAACUCAUCGACAUCUAUCGUACACGCCACAAUAUUAGUGCAUCAACUGGUUUGAGUGAUCCAGCUGUUGCAACUGGUAUAUCUGACCUCAUCUAUGAAUCCAAAGCAGCAGCACCUGCUGAGCCUGAUGGACUUGAUGAUGACCUAGUGAAUGCUUGGGCAGCGAACCUUGGAGAUGAUGGCUUGUGGGGAAACAAUGCACCAGCAAUGAAUAGGGUAAAUGAAUUUCUUGCUGGCGCUGGAACAGAUGCCCCAGAAGUUGAUGAAGAGAAUAUGAUAUCUAGGCCUUCAGUUAGCUAUGAUGAUAUGUGGGCAAAAACACUUUUAGAACCUUCUGAGAUGGAGGAAGAUGAUGCAAGAUCAUUGGGAUCAUCGUCUCCAGACUCAACAGGAUCAGUUGAAACUUCAAUAUCAUCCCACUUUGGCGGAAUGGGUUACCCUUCACUAUUUAGUUCCCGACCAUCCUCACAAACUACGGACAAGGCAGCAAGCCGAGGUAGUGGUCCCUCUACAUAUGAGGGUUAUGGUUCUCCGAUAAGAGAAGAACCUCCACCAUACUCAUCCCCUGUCUUGGGAAGAUAUGAAUCAUUUGAGAACCCCCUAGCAGGAAAUGGAUCUCAAAGUUUUGGGUCUCCAGAUGAUGAACGAGCUUCGUCUGGAAAUCCACAAUUCGGAUCUGCACUUUAUGACUUCACAGCAGGAGGAGAUGAUGAAUUGAGUUUAACCGCCGGAGAAGAAGUUGAGAUUGAGUAUGAAGUAGAUGGCUGGUUUUACGUUAAGAAGAAACGUCCUGGCAGGGAUGGCAAGAUGGCUGGACUGGUCCCUGUUUUAUAUGUUAGUCAAUCGUAAUUUUGUACGUAGAAUAUCUUGCGAUUUCCAAUCACGGUGAAAAGGGCUCUUGUCAUUGCCUCCAUCCAAAGGUUCAUCAUGCUUCUGUCGUGUGCCAUCCUGGGUUUUCUCAUCUGAAAAUGGGUUUUAUAUGGUACCCUGGUCUGCUUUCUGUCAAGUUGUAUGAAUGUAUGCUAUCAGAGUAUGAUUUUUCAUCGCUAAUUGCUUGAGAGUGUGUAGUCAUUCGUCCUAGGGUUUUCUACUUACUAAUUAGUAAUUACAGCUAUUGUAUGCGGCAUCUAUUCUUUAUUUUUAUUUUAUUUUUUGGGUCAUGAAGUACCGUCCAACGGAGCUAUUGAAUGAGACUGUUUCCUCUUUUACAGAGGAGCUCGAUAUAUCAUCAGAAUUCCAUUGUGUACAUAACUACAUAUUCUGCAGUUAUCAUCAGAUCUGUUAAUGGCUAACUA